UAUUUUAGUUAAAUUUUUGUUAGCAUAUAAUUUAGAUUUUUAAUUUCACAACACAAUGGCUGAGUUCAUCGACUCCGAAGCCGCCGAGUCUGAGGAUGAAGAAGAGUUGGACUUAAAUGAGCGGAAAAAGUUAAAGAAGCUUAAAACAGCCGUAUCCGACAGCAGCGAAGAGGAAGAAGAUGAUGAUGAACGGCUGCGUGAAGAGCUUAAAGAUUUAAUUGACGACAAUCCCAUAGAGGAGGACGAUGCCAGCGAUAAUGAUUCCGAUGAUUCUGGUGGUGAAGGCGAUGGUGGGAAAAAGCGUAAAAAGCAUGAAGAUGAUGAUCUGGAUGAUCGUCUAGAGGAUGACGAUUACGAUCUUAUUGAAGAGAAUUUGGGUGUCAAAGUUGAACGACGCAAACGCUUCAAACGUUUGCGUCGCAUACAUGACAAUGAAAGCGAUGGAGAGGAACAGCCCAUGGAUGAGGAUCGGGCACGUGAGCAAAUUGCCGAACAGCUCUUUGAUGAUAACGAUGAGCAGAGCAUAGAGCACCGCAGUGAGCGGAGCAUACGCGAACCGGACACAUUUGAUGAAGAGGAAAGUGAAUCGGAUGCAGAUGAUUUUAUUGUGGACGACAAUGGCCGUCCCAUUGCUGAAAAGAAAAAGAAGAGACGUCCGAUAUUUACAGAUGCCUCACUGCAAGAAGGCCAAGACAUAUUUGGCGUCGACUUUGACUAUGACGACUUUUCCAAAUUCGACGAAGAUGAGUACGAAGAGGAUUCCGAGGGCGAUGAGUACGAUGAAGAUCUGCUUGGCGGCGAUGAAUAUCGCGCAGCUAAAAAGAAGAAGCCGCUGAAGAAAAAGGCGCCCAAAAAGACGAUCUUUGAUAUAUACGAGCCAAGUGAGCUGAAACGUGGUCACUUUACCGAUUUGGAUAAUGAAAUACGCAAGACGGACAUACCCGAGCGCAUGCAAUUGCGUCAAGUGCCGGUUACACCAGUGCCCGAGGGUUCCCAGGAGCUUGAUGACGAAGCCAAUUGGAUAUAUCGUUAUGCGUUCUGCAAACAAACCGUAAGCGAACAGGAGAAGGCCGACAGUCGUGAGAAGUCACGCAAGCCGCCAACAGCGGUGAAUAAAAUAAAGCAAACGCUGGAAUUUAUACGCAACCAGCAGCUGGAGGUGCCGUUUAUAGCUUUCUAUCGCAAGGAAUAUGUAAAGCCGGAGCUAACCAUAGACGAUCUAUGGAAAGUCUACUACUUUGAUGAGCGCUGGUGUCAGCUAAACGAACGUAAACGCAAGUUGAAGCAACUGUUUGAGAAAAUGCGACAAUACCAAUUGGAAAACUUGUGCGCCGAUACGGACAAACCUUUGCCCGAUGAUGUGCGCAUAAUGCUGGACAGCGACUUCGAACGUCUGGCCGAUGUGCAAUCCAUGGAGGAGCUAAAGGACGUGCAUAUGUAUUUUCUACUCAACUAUUCACAUGAGCUGCCCAAAAUGCAGGCAGAGCAAAGACGCAAGCAGCUGCUGGAGCGACGUGAGGCACACAGACGCAAGCAGGCAGCAGCUCGAAAUGCAGGCCAAGAGGAAGACGAGGAAACCGAACAGGAGAGCGCCGCCCAAGCAGCCAUCGAAGCCGAACUAGAACUUGAGCUUGCUGCCGAGGAGCAACUAAAGCAGGCACCCAACAGCUCACCCUAUGCGGUCUUCCGCAAGGCGGGUAUCUGUGGCUUUGCCAAGCACAUGGGUCUGACACCCGAACAAUUUGCCGAGAACUUACGCGACAAUUAUCAGCGUAAUGAGGUGAAUCAGGAAAGUCUCAGUCCCACAGAUCUGGCCAAGCAAUAUCUAUCGCCGCGCUUUAUGACUGUGGAUGAAGUUUUGCAUGCUGCCAAAUAUGUGGUGGCCAGGCAGCUGGCACAGGAGCCGCUGCUGCGUAAAACGCUGCGUGAGGUUUACUUCGAUCGCGCCAGACUCAACAUCAGGCCCACCAAGUACGGCAUGGUGCUCAUAGAUGAGAACUCGCCCGUUUAUUCGAUGAAAUAUGUGGCCAAGAAGCCGGUGGGCGAUAUAUUUGGCGAUCAGUUCAUUAAACUACUAAUGGCCGAGGAGGAGAAGCUGAUCGAGAUUGAAUUCCUCAGCGAAUUCGAGGGCAAUGCCAGUGCCAAUGGUCCGCCAGGGGAUUAUAUAACCGAAGCCAAGCAGCUGUAUCAUUUGGAUCAGUUCUCCAAGCAUGUUUUGGAAUGGAAUACGCUGCGUGCCGAGUGCGUGCAGCUGGCGCUACAAAAGUGGGUUAUUCCGGAUCUGAUCAAGGAGCUGCGUGCUGUGCUGCAUGAGGAGGCGCAACAAUUUGUGCUGCGCAGCUGCAUUGCCAAGCUUUGCAAAUGGCUAAAGGUGGCGCCAUAUAAGCCAGAGAUGCCACAACAUCAUAACUCCGAGGAGUGGAGCACCUUGCGCGGCAUUCGCUGUUUGGGCUUAGCCUACGAUCCGGAUCAAUCGGUUGCUGCCUUUUGUGCCAUUGCCAGUCCAGAGGGUGAAAUCACCGACUGUUUACGCUUGCCGAGCAUACUCAAGCGCAAGAAUUCGCAUAAUUCGGAGGAGAAGAAUGCCAAGUUGGCGGAUCUGCGCAAGUUGAGUGACUUUAUCAAGACGAAGAAGCCGCAUGUCAUAGUCAUUGGCGCCGAGUCCAGAGAUGCGCAGCUGAUACAGACGGACAUACGUGAAAUACUCAAGGAUCUGGAGUCGCAAGAGCAAUUCCCAACCAUUGAAGUGGAGAUAAUAGACAACGAGCUGGCCAAGAUCUAUGCCAAUUCGAAGAAGGGUGAAUCGGACUUUAAGGAAUAUCCACCGCUGCUUAAACAGGCUGUGUCCUUGGCACGCAAAAUGCAGGAUCCGCUUGUGGAGUACUCACAGCUCUGCGAUGCUGAUGAUGAGAUACUCUGUCUACGCUAUCAUCCGCUGCAGGAGCGUUUGCCACGUGAGCUGCUGCUGGAGCAGCUGAGUCUGGAGUUUAUCAAUCGCACCAGCGAAGUGGGACUGGACAUCAAUCUAAUGGUGCAAAAUUCACGCACAGUCAAUCUGCUGCAAUACAUUUGCGGUCUGGGUCCACGCAAGGGCCAAGCGCUGCUCAAGCUGUUGAAGCAAAGCAAUCAGCGCCUGGAGAAUCGCACACAGCUGGUGACGGUUUGUCAUCUGGGUCCCAAGGUGUUUAUCAAUUGCAGUGGCUUCAUCAAAAUCGAUACGAGCUCACUGGGCGACAGCACAGAGGCAUAUGUGGAGGUCUUGGAUGGCUCCAGAGUGCAUCCCGAGACCUAUGAGUGGGCCAGAAAGAUGGCCAUCGAUGCCAUGGAGUAUGAUGAUGAGGAAACGAAUCCAGCUGGCGCGCUUGAGGAGAUACUCGAGAGUCCGGAGCGCCUCAAAGAUUUGGAUCUGGAUGCCUUUGCUGUGGAGCUGGAGCGUCAGGGCUUUGGCAGCAAGAGCAUUACACUCUACGAUAUACGCAACGAGCUGAGCUGUCUCUACAAGGACUAUCGCUAUGCCUAUCAGAAGCCCAGCGCCGAGGAGCUCUUUGAUAUGCUCACCAAGGAGACGCCCGAUUCGUUUUAUGUGGGCAAAUGUGUUACGGCCAUGGUAACGGGCUUCACCUACAGACGCCCGCCAGGCGAUCAACUGGACACUGCGAAUCCUGUGCGCAUUGAUCAAACUGGCAGCUGGCAGUGUCCCUUCUGUCUCAAGGAUGACUUUCCCGAACUUAGUGAUGUGUGGAAUCAUUUCGAUGAUAACAAUUGCCCUGGCCAGCCGUCGGGCGUGCGUGUGCGCCUGGAGAACGGCCUGCCCGGCUUUAUACAUGUGAAAAAUCUAUCGGACAAGCCAGUGCGCAAUCCGGAGGAGCGUGUACGUAUCACCCAAACGAUUCACGUGCGCAUCAUUAAAAUCGACAUCGAUCGCUUUGCUGUGGACUGCAGCUGCAAGUCCGCCGACCUUAAGGAUGUGAACAACGAAUGGCGUCCCAGACGCGAUGCCUACUACGAUUUUGUCAGCGAGGAGCUGGACAAUCGCAAAGUGACCGAGGCCAAGGCCAAGGCGAAUAAGCGCAAAACUUAUGCGCGACGCGUCAUUGCCCAUCCCUCAUUCUUCAAUAUGACCUAUGCCGAGGUUAUCAACAUGCUGAAGGAGGCGGAUCAGGGCGAGGUGGCGAUGCGUCCCAGCAGCAAGAGCAAUCAUCAUUUGACUGCCACCUGGAAAGUGGCCGAUGAUAUAUUCCAGCACAUCGAUGUGCGUGAGGAGGGCAAAGAGAACGACUACAGCUUGGGACGCAGUCUGUGGAUUGGUGACGAAGAGUUCGAGGAUCUGGAUGAAAUCAUAGCGCGUCAUAUUAAUCCGAUGGCAGUGUCGGCACGCGAACUGCUCCAAUACAAAUACUACAAGCCCAACAAGGCACCAGAAAAUGUGAAUGAGCGCGAUUUCAUGGAGCAGCUGCUGCGUGAUGAGAAGACUAAAGAUGCCAAAAAGAUUCAUUAUUUCUUUACCGCCAGCAAAAGUAUGCCCGGCAAAUUUCUGUUAUCCUAUUUGCCCAAGACGAAGGUGCGUCAUGAGUAUGUGACGGUUAUACCCGAAGGCUAUCGCUUUCGCGGACAGAUCUUUGAUAGCAUCAGCAGUCUGCUGCGCUGGUUCAAGGAGCAUUGGCUGGAUCCGCCGGUUGCCAUGCCCGUUGCAACACCCGUGCAGCAUCUGCAAACGCCGAAUAGCGUGAGCCUGAUGCAGCCGCCCGGCAGAGGCAGCUCUGGCCCGCUCGGCAUCUAUCACAGCAGCAGCAGCAGCACCGCGGGCACGCCACGCAGCACGGUCAGCGACAUACGCAGCGGCAGCGCCUAUUCUGUUUCGCAUUCCAUUGGGCAUCAUAGUCUGGGCAGCGCGGCAGCGUCAGCGUCCGGUGGCGGCGCCGCUUCCUCGCACCACGGCUAUGGCACGCCCAGCUUUGGCGCUCACAUCAAUACGCCGUACACGCCCAGCGGCCAGACGCCGUUCAUGACGCCCUAUACGCCGCAUGCCCAGCAAACGCCACGCUAUGGCCACAACGUGCCCUCGCCCAGCUCACAGUCCAGCAGCAGUCAUAGUCAUCGCAGCAGCAGUCAGCAGCACUCGCAUUCGCACUCCUCGCACUCGUCGCAUUCGCAGCAACAGCAGCAGCCACAUUUCAGCUCCGGCACGCCGCGUGGCUACUAUGAGCAUGCCCAGCUGGGCGCCUAUCAGCAGCAGCAUCAUCAUCAGCAGCGCGCCAAGGAGCACAUGGACUGGCAGCUGGCAAAUGAUUCGUGGGCGCGUCGCAGUAGCAGCAGCAGCGUCAGCAGCAGCAGCCACAAGCCCAGCAGCAAUCAUCACCACCACCAACAUCAUCAUCAGUCGCAGACGCAGUCACAGUCGCAGCAGUCGACGCAGUCGCAUCAUUCAGCACAAGGCACGCCCACCAACGAAUACACCUCCAGCGCCGGCGGCGGCAACAGCAGCAGCAGCAGCAGCAACAACAACAACAACAGUCGCCCCCAGCCCGCUGUCACGCCUACGUCAGCAGCUAGCCUAAGUCUGGGACUGGGACUGGGCCUGGGACUCGGCUUGCCCUCAUCCAAAUCCUCAGUAAGAAGCACACCGCGCACCAAUACAUCGCCCCAUUCUAUGAAUCUGGGUGAUGCUACGCCGCUCUAUGAUGAGAACUAGACGCACCCUCUCUUUCUCUCUCUCCAACACUCUCACUCUCAUCGCUCUUUCUGUUAUAUUGUGCAAGCUUGUCAGCUCCCCUCCAAAAGAGAAAAACAAAAACAAAUGGAAGUAAUAUUUAAACCUUAAACCAGAAUAAACCGCGUGCAUAAACUUAACUUAAAAACAAACAAAAAAAAAAACAAAAUAUGAAUAAAAUAAAU